AUGAAGUUUAUCGACGAGCUUGAUGUAGAGCUUGUAAAUCAGGCUUUGAAUUUUGAAACAAGCGAUUGUAGAGUGACUGGAGGCUGCGACAUAUUUACCACUAAACCGGUGGCCUCUGAUAAAAAGUUAUACAAGACGAUCGACAGACAUCUAGACUCCCUUCUAGUCGAAAACGAGGGAUUCAACAAUGCUGUACAACAGCAGAUGGCUCUUGAAAACCAGGAAAACAUUUCUUCUUCGCCAAUAGACUUGAAAAGCGAUGCGCCCCAUUUGUACAGCACUCGAGGGGAGUCGGGGUCCCCCUCAUCAUUUUGGGAACAGAAAAGACGGAUAUCGGUCAGUGAAAGCGGCAAUGGAAACGGGGUGAGUGUGGCGGUUCCUAAAACUCACAAACUGAAUGACCAAAAUUUGAAAGAGCUUGUCAAUUCGGAGUCUGGGUAUAUGAGUUCCUCCUCAACUGAAUCUCAUCUACACACCACAGGUGCAAUCAGACGCACAAGCAGCUCUGGAAGCAUGGCUUUUGGAUCUGGAAUUUUGAGGCGAAGAUCGUCCGCGCAGAAGGAAAGCGUGAAUAUUGGCCCUUUUGGGCCAAUUAAUGAAACUGCGAGUAGGAGAACUUUUGCCUACUUGAUUGCAAUAUUGAAUGCGUCCUAUCCAGAUCACGAUUUUUCUUCUUUGGAGCCUACAGAUUUCGUCAAAAGCUCUAUGAAGUCCCUCAUUUCAAAAUUUGAGAACACACUGAUAUCAUUUGGGAAACAACCUCAAGAAUGGAUUUGGGAAACUAUUAAUUCUCAUAUGGAUGUUUCAGACUGUGCCAUCUAUCAAUAUAAGCCUUCCAAGUCUUUUUUGGAUGAUGAGCCAGGCCACCUUUGGAGUUUGAUGUGGUUUUUAUUCAAUAAGAAAAGAAAAAGGGUCAUGUACCUCUAUCUGAACGUUUCUAGGCUUAAAACUGCCUCAUUGGAAGAUAUUUCAAAGUCGGGCCUGGGAGACGAAGAUGACGACGAUAAUGAUAAGGAGAGGAGGGGGUGGAAGCACAGAAGGAAACUGACUAUUGACCACGAAUCAAACACUUUCGAGGGUGAAUAUGAUCUCACUUGCAAUGAGAAUGCAAUUGAUGAUGAUGAAGAGCCCAUGGACGGUUGA